GACACACCUUGCCCUCGUGGACCUGUAUGUAAAUCACAGGUGGAAACCAGGAAAGAGACACACAGUAAAAGUAAAUAAAAAACAACAUCGAAACGAAUAAGAGCCUGUCCGGAACCUUUGGAGUUCUUAACUGGAUUUGAAGAUGACUACACAAUCGCAGAAUGUUGGUGUAGAGAUUCAAAACCAGCUUAAUGAUGUGAUCAGCAGGCUGCAAUCGAAACAGUGGUUCCAGUCAGACUGGGACAUUGCCUCCUUUGUCAUAUUCUUUGUCUUUAUUGGUGCUGUGCUUCUCCUCGUUAUUUUAGUACUUGUACGUUGCUGUUGUUGCUGUUGCUGUGAUACACCCAAAAAGCCAAGAAAAACCAAAAUAGGUGUUGACAACUUAGCGAUGGAGCCAUAAUAGUCAUCACAAGAAAACCUUGUUGAGAACAAAAGUCUUGUUGCUUAAACUUUCCUGUAAACUAUUGGUUAGCAUAAUGUAUAUAUUAUGUAGAAUUACAGAUGCAGCAAUGAUUUAUUUUAUUUGAUUAGGUUUUACAGUGGGGGGGUCCUAAUGUAUUUAAAGUAUUUUGAAUGUUUUAUUUCUUAUUUAUAUUGAGAAAAUGUCUAAAUAUAGUUAAUUUUGAUUUUCUCUAAUAAUUCAUUGGUAAAUGAUUAUCAAGAUACGUGUGUGAACAAACCUUCUCUUUCUGCAUCACCUCCUUUCAACUGAAUUUUAAAUGAACCCCAGCAUAUCUUAUUUAAAAAACAAAGAUUGCACCCGACUAGUUUGUGAAGCAAACUGAGGUCACAAAUGCCAAAACUGUUAUGUCCACUUGAACUAUUAAUGUAAAUGUGAAUGUACCUGAUCAACUUUUGUGCAAAUCAAUUCUGUACACAGCAGUGCCUUUUCAACAUAUAAAAGAUAAGUUUAUAUUUGAUAGAAAAGGGGCCUAGAAGAUGAACAGUUUUAGUUCUGAGUUUACCUUUAAUGGCAUUUGGUUACGAUACAGGUGCAAUUUAAAUAUUAACUAACCAAAGAAGCUCGAUUUGCUGAGUGGUUUCUUCUCAUUUGUCAAAUUUUAAAAUGUCUUUAAAGGUUCUCUCUGAUAAAAGUCUAAUAAAUCAGUACAUUUUUCAAUACACCUUAGAUAUCCAGUAGUAUGCAAGUAAAUAAAUACAUUUACAGCAUACAUUGAAUACAGGAAUCUACAAGUUGUAUUGCUGUGUUAACAUUUUCCGUUUUCUUACUGAGUAUAAACAAAGGAAAGUGGACUUUUCACAUAUUAAGAGCUUGAAUUGUCUCUGUGAUAUUUCAUAGCAAAAAAUUGUUUUGUAGUUUUAAAAUGUGCACUCUAGUAUAAUUUUAAUUAUGAAAAGUAGAUUAAAAUAUUUACUUCUAUGUAUAGCCUAGAGAUUUUCUUGAUUUGUGAAAUCAUAAGGCUGACACGCAGCAUUCUACUUGUUCAAAUGAAGAUUUUCAUGUAGCCAUCAUAUUGUAUGCUCAGAACAUAUUUAUCAAAUUAUCACUUUUCUGCUUUUGUGUAAAGAUACAGUGCAGUGUGUCUAAGUAAAAAAAAAAAGAAAAAUCAACAUACCAUGAAACAACAUAUAAUAUUGAUACGUUUUGUUUAUCUUGAUGGUUAUCUGUAGAGACAGACUCAAAAUAUCAUACUAGACUGGUACUUUGAAUAAUUACGUUGGUUUUGAGGAAGGAUAAUUGUCUGUACCAGUCAAAGGGCAAUUCAUUUGUAAUUUUUAAUUUAGUUUAUACUGUAAUGAUUAGUGUAGAUACUUUUUUUUUUUUUGGCUCGCUCUUCAUUAGCAUGGGAUUAAAGAAAGGCAGUUCUGCCAUCAUGUCAGUUUCACUUGAAAGUAUUAACCUUAAAUUAUGGACUUGCUUAAGUCCCAAGUCAAAGAACUAAUCAGCACAUCACAUUGGUAGUCAUUCUAGCAAAUGUGUUAUAUCUUCAAAAUAUGCUAUGGUUGCUGCCAAAGUAACAUUUACUGUGUUAUUAGCUCACAAAGUGACCCUGGCAUAAGACUUGACAAGGUUGCAGGUACUUUGUUGCACAGUACUUUCAAAUAAUAAUGAUUUGUUUUCCUUGUAAUAUACUGAACACUUUUAUUUCAGCAUGACAUAAAAUUAGGACCCAGAAUGCAGAAUAUUAACUUUGUCAUUGAGUUAUGUUUGUUCUUAAAUCAUCACUUCUUAGUAUCAAUCUAAUCCUAACAAGUUGGGUGGGCUCUAAUGCUGAUUCAUAUCACAGUUAAAACACAAUUAAAACAAGUCUAAAAUAUAAUCAAUUGAUCUCUGUCAUUUAUGUCAUUCCUAGUUGGUUAACUCUUUGUUGUAAUGUAAUCAUUAAUGAGUAAUAUAUGUGGUCUGUUUAAAAAAUCCAACUGAAAUUGAGCUGCAUUAAUCUUGUUGUCAGAGGGUUGAAAUUCAUGGAAAUUAACAAGUAAAAAAAUCUACUUAAUUCUAGAUACACCAGUGUCAGAAUUAAAAACAUUUUGAGUGUAAUCAAGGUAUUACCCAAGCAAUAUAGGAAUUCUAUGCCAUUUCAGAACCUCCAUAGAUAUUUUAAAGUUGGAGAGUAAGGAGUUUCAGUAGAAUGCUGCCUAAAAGACCUGAGGAGCGCUACGUUGCCUGUAAAUGCACAGCUUUUGUCAUCAUUUGUUUUGGAUUAAACUUCUGUGUGUGUCUUUGGAAAUGUUUACAGUAAAAUAAUCAUAAAAUGGUAAUGAUCAUUUCAUGUGGUAAGACACUUUCUGAUCAGAGAUGAUGGUUGAGAUUAAACAUGAGGUUUGUAGAGUGCAAUUAUGUGAUUUAAAAUGAUCCACUGUUGUUAAAUGAAAUAAAAGCAUAUGAUACUCUAUAUCUCACAAGAUUUUAAGAUGUGCCAUAAUGCCUGUAUUAAUUAUUUUCAUGAAUAAAGAUUCAUGCAUAUAUAAA